AUGAAAGACGCGGGCAUCGGCCGGCGGCGCACCUCGUCCGCAUAUCACGCGGCUGGGGGCGGCCGACCCAGCUUAGGCGCGGGAGGCUUGAACAACGCGUCCUUGAGCAACGGCAGCUACAGCAGCAAUGGCCAUUGCAGCGACAUUGGCGCCGCGCCACCCGGCGCCACAGGGGCCGAUCGCCGCCUCGUGCCGCCCUCGUCGUCAGCCGCCGCGAGCCUCGUCGCCUCGCUGCUCCGCUUCCCGCGGCGCCGCUUCCAGCUGUGCGUGGCGCUGCUCCUCUGCUCCGCGCUGCUGCUGUGCGGCGCGUGGCUGCACCCCGCGCUGCACGCCGCGCUCCCCAGCAUCAAAACCCGCGCGGCGGACGUGCGACUUGCCGCCGAUGACACCGGCGAAGGCGGGGAGAGCAGCAGCAGCAGCAGCAGCAGCAGUAGAAGUAGUAGCGGUGGCGGCUCGGGCGCGCAGGAGGGGUAUUUCACGAUCAACUACGGGCUGUUCGGGCGGCGCCGCAUUCCGCACCGCGUGAUGCGGUUCCGCGUGGCGUACAUCCCGCUGCCGGACGUGGGCGAGGAGGGCGGCGCGGCGGGCAUGGGGCUGAUGUACGAGAAGGGCAAGGCGUGGAUGCUCGCCAACUCCUCGCAGAUCCUCUCGCGCUUCAAGGCCCCCGCCACUGCCGCCGCUGCCACCGCCAAGGGCGCGGGCGGCGCGGUCGGGGGUGCGGGCGGGAACGGCACGGCGGUUGGGGGGAGCGCGGGGGGGAACUCGAGCGCGGUGGCGUGCCUGCUGUGCGGGCGGAUCGGGUGGGGGCAGUGCCAGAACGACACGUGCGUGUGCCCCGCCUUCUACAGCGGCUCUGAGUGCCUCGUGCGUCCCGCCCCCCUCCCUACCCUCCCUACCCUCCCUCCCCUCCCUCCCCUCCCUCCCCUCCCUCCCCUCCCUCCCCUCCCUCCCCUCCCUCCCCUCCCUCCCCUCCCUCCCCUCCCUCCCCUCCCUCCCCUCCCUCCCCUCCCUCCCCUCCCUCCCCUCCCUCCCCCCUACCUUCCCUACCCUCCCUCCUCUCCCUCUUUCGGCCCCUUCCCGUCUCUUGCCCCAACGUCCUUCUCCCGAUCUCCGCAUUUGUUUCACUCGACAUACCCGCCCAACCUGCCAACGAAGGAGCAGGAGCUGGCGGCGUUCCCGGGGCUGGCGGGGGUGGCGGCGCAGUACGUGGGGGACGUGGUGGUGAACCGGCACAACAUGGAGGGCCACCGCUGGCUGCUCGGCUUCGCCACUCCCGCCAUGCUCCGCCUUGUCGCCUCCGACCCUGCACUCACAGACGCCUCCGCUGCUGCUGCUGCUGCUGCUGACGCCGCCGCAGGGGGCGAGGGGGGCGAGGGGGGGGGAGUGCAGGCAGAAGGGGAGGGGGUGGUUGGGGGGGGAGGAGAAGGGGGCGAGGAGGAGGAGGUGGUGGAGGAGGAGGGGUUGCAGCGCGCAGUGAGGAAGCUGCGGAUGGUGGAUGCUGACCUGCUCGACGUGCUGCCCUGUCCGUCAUACCCUCCCCCUUCCACCCCUGCCACCCCUCCUCGUCUCCCGUCACCGCGCCUGCCUGCAUCCCUGCUCCACUGCACCCUACUUCUCCCUCCUACUCCCUCCUGCCUCUCUUACCUGACCCCGGAACACCCUCUUAUUUCCUCUCAUGCAUCCACCUCCCUCCAUGUCUGCUUUCUCCUCGCUUCCUCCACUCACCGCCCCCGUCCUUUCUGUCCUCACCCUCCGCCCCUCGCAUGGCUGGGGUGUGUGGGCGGCAGUGACGGACGUGCUGCCAGCGGGGCAGGCGUUCAACUCGUGUGCAGUGGUGGGGGCGGGCGGCGCGCUGCUGGCCAUGCAGCUGGGCCGCGAGAUCGACUCGCACUCCGCCGUGCUGCGCUGCAACCGCGCCCGCACCCGAAAUGGUUCGUUGCGCUGGUGGCUGGCAUGGAUGCUGCUCCUCCUGCGCGCGCACAAGCACAGCACACACACACCUCCCCUCUUCCCCCCCAUGCAUGCGUGUGGCAUCCACAGGGCUUUGAGGAGCAGGUGGGGCGGCGCACCAACUUCAGAGUGACAGACUACUACAGCUGGGGCUUCCAGGAGCGCGAUGAGAAGGUGCUGGUGCCCAUAGUGUCGCACACCACCGCACAGGGCCUCGUCACGGCGCGCAAGCGGUCGUACACGGUGCAGACGUACCCCAUCCACCCCGCCUUCAUGCAGUACGUCACCAGGAACGCCGGCCACGCGCCCACCGCGGGGUUCAUAGCGGUCAUGGUGGCGCUGCAGCGCUGCCAGCACAUCACACUUUAUGGCUUCACUUCAUCACCGCACUACCCAGCACCGUACCACUACUACGACCCGUGCCAGCGCAGCACCAAGCCGUGGCGCGAGCGCCGGGAGAGGGCGGUGCUGCUGGCUCUGGCGCAGGCCGGCUUCCUGCGCUUCCGCGAGCCCUGUGUGGCCG